GCAACAGCCAUGCACAUCGUCAAGCAGGAGUGUAGCUCAUUCCACUUGAUACACAGUGCAGUGAGUUAAAGGGGUAUAUACUUCACGCGUGCUGGAGCACAUGCCGACUGAUAUGAUGAAUACAACUGAAGAAAAUAACAGGCCAGACUGUGGCAAGAUCGACAAGGCAGCGAUCGCGCUGGCUCUUCCGAGCCUGUACUUCCUGAUCUUCGUCCCGGCUUUCCUCCUGAACACCAGCGUGGCGUGGAUCCUGUUCCGGCUGAAGACCGAUUCCAACUUCAUGGUGUACAUGAAGAACCUGGUGGUGGCGGACCUCCUGAUGACGCUGCUGGUGCCCAUCAAGGCGACGAGCGAGCUGCCGCACGCCAACCUGGGGCUGAAGGCCUUCGCCUGCCAGUUUGGCAGCGUGACGCUCUACGCGUGCUUGUACAUCAGCAUGGUCCUCAUGGGGCUCAUCAGCCUGGAUCGCUACUUCAAGAUUGUCCGGCCCUGCGGCAGCACGCCUUGCCAGAGCCUGGCGUUCGGCUGGACCAUGUCCGCCCUCACCUGGGCUGUGCUGGUAGGACAAGCCGUGCCCACUAUGGUCCUGAGCAGUCAGGAUGCGUUGGACAAAACCCCGGAGGUAUGCAUGGGCAUGAAGAGCAAGCAGGGGAAGGACUACCACAAGGCAAUUGUCCGGGCGAUGAACAUGCUCUUCUUGGUCAUCCUAGCCCUGGUGGGGUUCUGCUACACGUGCAUAGCCAGGACCGUGGUCCAGUCAUUCCGGAACUCGGGCAGCAAAAAUGUGGCAAGAAAGCGCAAGACCAAAGCGAAGGUUUUCGUAGUGCUCGCUGUGUUCUUGAUCUGCUACGCCCCGUACCACAUCAUACGGAUCCCUUACACGGAGCUGCAGGUGAAAAACAAGGACAGCUGCCCGAGGGAAUACAUGAAGGUGGUUAAGGAAUUUGGUCUCUGGCUGGCCUGCACAAACAUCUGCCUGGAUCCACUCAUCUACUUCUUCCUGUGCAGAGGCUUUAGAGAGAAACUGUUAAACUUUGGAAUAAUACGGAUAAUGAGAUCUUCGAACACUGGCUCAGGGACUGAGGAAGAAUUGUCUAUGGAUUGA